CCACGAAGGCGACCGAGCCAAAGAUCGAAUCAUUUCGUUAACUGAUUCUGAACAGUUCGUUCAGUCGGGGAAAAAAAAAAAAAAAAAAAGAUUCGUUCUUCUCUAGGAAUCAAUGCCACUGGCCGAACUUGGAGUGGAACAAGCAUGGCGGGUUUGGAGCUGCUCUCUGACCAAGGCUACCGCCUGGAUGGACGUAAAUCCACCGAGCUUCGCAAGGUUCAAGCCCGCAUGGGUGUGUUCGCCCAGGCCGACGGCUCUGCUUAUUUAGAGCAGGGAAACACCAAAGCCUUGGCGGUUGUGUAUGGCCCGCACGAAAUGCGAGGUUCCCGCAGCCGGACCCUUCACAACCGGGCCGUCAUCAACUGCCAGUACAGCAUGGCCACGUUCAGCACGUCGGAGCGGAAGCGGCGGCCGCACGGCGACCGCAAAUCCGCGGAGAUGAGCCUCCACCUCAAGCAGACCUUCGAAGCCGCCGUGAUGACGCAGCUCUACCCGCGCUCUCAAAUUGACAUCUACGUCAAGAUUCUCCAGUCAGACGGCGGCAACUACAGCGUGUGCGUGAACGCCGCCACGCUGGCCGUGAUCGACGCCGGCAUCCCCAUGCUGGACUACGUGUGCGCCGCCACGGUGGGCUUCGUGGACGAGACGCCGCUCGCCGACCUGUGCUACGCCGAGGAGAGCGGCGGCGUCAGCUCGCUGGCGCUGGCGCUGCUGCCCCGCGGCGGGCAGAUCGCGCUGGUGCAGAUGGACGCCCGGCUGCACCAGGACCACCUGGAGGUCAUGAUGGACGCCGCCAUGACGGCGUGCAAAGGCGUGAGCAAGGUGCUCGACCAGGUGGUGCGUCAGCACCUCCAGGAGGCCUCGCCGGCCACCGGAGACUGAAAACCUUGAAACCUGCUCUUGCUUAUCAAGGAACGACAAUCGUUGACUUUCCGGGAUUCAAACGUUUGGAGAAUCAAAACAUUUUUUUUUUUUUCUCACAUUUUUCUGACCUUUACCUUUCCACAAUUGCCAUUGUGCAUUAUUGUGUAUGUGUGGAAAAAGGAUAAAUAAGUGUUUUCUAUGAUUUCACAAUUA